GGGUUCAUGAACAAUUUAAACUAAUUCGAUAUUGAAAUUGAAAAUCAAAAGCAACCCAGUUGUAGAAACGCACCGAAUUUCAGAAAUUUAGAGUCUUUUCAAUGCAAUAGUGAUUCUCAAUUUCUCAUUAUCUGUUUGGAUUCAUGUAGAACUAGGGUGAUUAGAGAUGGGAAGUAAAGGUCGAAUCCCACCGGCCCAUCUCCGGCGUCCUCAUCCGGGACCCGACCCGUAUGGGCCUCCUGGGCCGGGUACCCGCCCACCUCCGGGUGGUUACUCACCCUUUGACAUGUUGCCUCCUCCGCAAGUUUUGGAGCAGAAGCUGGCUUCACAGCAUGUGGAGAUGCAGAGGCUGGCAGCUGAGAAUCAGAGACUCGCUUCGACGCACGGCAGCCUGAGGCAGGAGCUGGCUGGGGCUCAGCAUGAGCUGCAGAUACUGCAUGCUCAGGCCGGGGCUAUGAAGUCAGAGAGGGAUCAGCAGAUGAGGAGUUUGAUGGAUAAGAUUGCGAAAAUGGAGGCUGAGCUGAAAUUGGCAGAGCCUGUUAAGGGGGAGCUGCAGCAGGCACGUGCCGAGGCGAAUGGCUUGGUUGGGGCGAGGCAGGAGAGUAUUGUGAAAGUGCAGCAGUUGAGUCAGGAGCUUCAGAGGGCGCAUGUGGAGGUGCAGCAGAUUCCGGUUUUGGUUCAGCAACUUGAGGGCCUCAGGCAGGAGUAUCAGCAUUGCAGGGCUACUUUUGACUAUGAAAAGAAAUUGUACAAUGACCACCUCGAAUCACUUCAGGUCAUGGAGAAGAACUAUGUUACCAUGGCUAGGGAGGUAGGAAAACUACGAGCAGAGUUAUUGAAUAAUCCUGGUGUUGAAAGAAGAACUGGUGGGCCUUAUUAUGGGAAUCCUGGAACUAAUGAAAGUGAGGCUUCUGGGCUUGCUGCAGGACAAAAUGCUUAUGAAGAUAGCUAUGGUGUUCCCCAGGGACGUGUCCCAUUUCCUCCUGCUGCUGCUGCUGCUGCUGCUGGUGGCAGUGGGCCUGGGGGCAGUGCUGGUGCACCUACUGGUGGCGCUGCUGCUGCAGCCACUGCCGGAACUUCUCCAUUUGCCGGAACUCAGCCUGGACAUCUGGGAAGGGCCGGUUAUGAUGCAGCAAGAGGACCUGUUGGUUAUGAUGCCUCUGGAGGACAUGUUGGUUAUGAUGCACAAAGACCUGGCUAUGAUCCGCAAAGAGGACCCGUCUAUGAUGCACAAAGACCAGGUUAUGAGGUGCAAAGAGUAGCUGGUUAUGAUCCAACCCUUGGUCUUAACUAUGAUGCACAGUCCAGAGGUGCUUCUGGUCCUCAAGGACAUAUGCCUGCAACCAAUAUGCCCUAUAAUUCAGCCGCUCCGCCUACUUCUCGAGCUGGAACUGGAUAUGAGGUACCACCACCUCGAGGAGGUGCCAACCCAGUUCGUAGAUGAAGCCCAGGCCUUGCCCUUCGCCGGUAAAGUUCACUCAGAUACAAUAGUUGUUAGGAUAUCCGAAACUCCUCAAAUUUUCCUCUGAAUUUCAUACGUUCUGGCUUCUGCUACCUUAAAUAACAUGUAUCAGUCCAUUUCUGGUUUUCACGUCUUUCAAAUAUUAAGUUGGGCCCAGAGUUGUAGCAGAACUGUGGCAAAAUCAUUGUAAAGAAGCACUCUGAAGUCUCUGUUUCUGUUGGGGGGAUGUAAACAGUCUGAACCUAAUAUUAGAUAAUUUUUCCUUAAGAUCGUUUGGAACUUAUAUUGC